UUACUCGGCAGCCCAGAAUUAGAUGAAUAUGGGAACAUGAUGACUAAGCUAUCAAAGGAGAUAGUAAAAGCUGUACUGAAAAGCUUGGUGGGAGAAGAUUUGGGGAACAGAUUUGUAGAGUCUGAAUUCAGAAACUGUCAUGGUUAUUUGAGAAUAGGCAAUUACAGCCCUCUCAAUAUCAUGAAAGAAGAAGAAGACGAUCAACAAGAUGAUGAAGUUGAAGGGCUAGGCAUGCACACAGACAUGAGCUGCUUAACAAUCGUUUAUCAACAUGAAAUUGGGGGACUUCAAGUGAGAUCAAAGGAAGGGAAAUGGAUGGACAUAAGCCCUUGUGAAGACACACUUGUCGUCAACGUUGGGGACCUAAUGCAAGCAUGGAGCAAUGGCAAGUUAAGGUCCUCAGAACAUAGAGUUGUUUUGAAAAGAAAUGUUAAUCGGUUCUCUUUGGCUUUCUUUUGGUGCUUUGAAGAUGAAAAGGUAAUAUUUGCCCCUAAUGAAGUCGUUGGAGAUCAUUCAAGGAUCUAUAAGCCAUUUGUUUGUGCAGAUUAUUUGAAAUUUAGAUUAAUCAGUGAAAAGGGCAAGUUUGAGAGGGUUGGAUUUACCGUCAAAGACUUUGCAGGAAACUGUGACACUUUGUAAAAAUUACCCACAUUAUUGAAAAUCAACAAAAAAUGUAUCACAUUGGUUUUCUCUUUUCUUUUUUUGAGUUCUUCCGCUUCUCUCCACAAGCAAUUAAUAAAAAAACAAUUUCCUUUCUUAAUAAUGCAAA